AUGGACAAAUACAAAGAUAGGCAAUACGUUCUGUUGGUCCCUUCUGUUCUACAAGAAGGCUCUUCAGAGAAAAUUUGUGUCCAGCUUUUCAACCUUACUGAAACGGUUGUUUUGACUGUCUCCAUCAACUAUGAGGAGGUCCAGCUGAUAAUAUUUGAAGAGCAUGUUACGGGAGAGAAUUUCUUCAAAUGCGUCAACUUUGAGGUUCCUAAGGCCAAACCUGACCCAGUGGCUUUCAUUAUGUUCUCUGCUAAGGGAUCUACUCUCAACCUGCAAGAGAGAAGAUCCGUGGCAAUCCAAGCCAAUGAAAAUGUGAUCAUGGUACACACAGAUAAACCGAUUUACAAACCUGGACAAAGUGUGAGGUUUCGAAUUGUGUCUCUGAAUAAUCUUCUGAAGCCCAUUGAGCAAAAGGUUUCUGCCUUACACAGGUUUCAGCUUUCACAAGUUUUACUGUAUAAGAAGAGGGGAGUUGUUAGUGAAGGAAUGGUAGUGGGGAGUCAAGAGGACUUUGGGAAUAGCAAUAAUCCAGGCUUGCUAAACUACGUAAUAAACAUAUAUCCAGUGAUUGCCCUUCAGGAUCCACAUGGCAACAGAAUACAACAGUGGGACAAUGAGGAGUCUUUUAGAGGUCUCGUGCAACUCUCCUUCCCAUUAAUCUCGGAGCCUAUACUUGGCUGGUAUCAUAUCUACGUGGAGACACUCACUGGAGAGAAAAUAUAUGAGUACUUCUCUGUGGAAGAAUAUGUGUUACCCAAAUUUCAAAUGACUGUGGAUGCACCAGAAAAUGUCUUAGUUGUGGACCCUGAACUCAAAGUUAACGUCUGUGCCUCAUAUACCUAUGGCCAACCUGUGGAGGGGAAAGUUCAGCUUAACGUAUGCAGGAAGCAUCCUUAUAUAUAUAGUUCUUGCAGAUUUCCUCUCAAUUCACUCUGUAAAAAUUUUACCUCUCAGUUAGGGAAAGACGGUUGCAUCUCCUAUUCUGUUAACACAAGUGCUUUUGAGUUAUAUCGGGAAGGAUACCAGAAUUACCUUGAAGUGCACGCUGUUGUCACAGAACGUGGAACAGGUGUGCAGCUUACAGGCUCCCGGUACGUAAGUAUAGAUUCAGCGAUGGUGAGGAUUCAAUUUGAGAAUAUGGAUACAGCCUACAAACAGGGAAUCCCUUAUUUUGGCCGGGUUAAAUUGCUUCAUCCAGACAACACUCCCAUCCCAAAUGAAAUAGUCCAUUUGCACCUGAAGGACAAACUUGUGGGCAACUAUACCACAGAUAUAAAUGGCACUGCUCAAUUUUCCUUGGACACAUCUAAGAUUACAUCCCCGAAUAUCACUUUGAAAGCAACCUACAAGAAGGAUGAAUAUUGUAAGUCUCAUGGCUGGAUGUUGCCUUAUUACCCUCAAUCGGAGUACUUUGUAGAACGUUUUUACUCCAGGACUAAUAGCUUCCUAAAGAUUGUCCCGGAGAGGGAAGAACUGAGAUGCAACCAGCAAAAGCAGGUGACGGUGCACUACAUUCUCAAUAUGGAAGGCUUUGAAGACAAAACCUACAUGGCGCCCUUCAGUUAUUUGGUGAUUUCAAAAGGUGUGAUCAUUCUUCAUGGGCAACAGAAAGUCCAGAUCAAUGAUGAUGAUAUGAAGGGCACUUUUUCCAUUCCUAUAGACGUUAGCGUUGAGUUAGCUCCCUCUGCUAUUAUGCUUGUCUACACCUUACAUCCUGGAGGAGAAAUGGUCGCCGACAGUACCCACUUCAAAAUUGAGAAAUGCUUUAAAAAUGAAGUCAACUUAAACUUCUCUAAAGAAAAAAGUUUACCAGGAUCCAAUGUCAGCCUUCAAGUCUCAGCUGCUUCAAAUUCUCUUUGUGCCCUUUCGGCUAUAGAUGAAAGUGUGUUGUUACUAGGGAAUUAUAAUCCACUAUCAGCACAAAGUGUAUAUGAUAGGCUAUAUUACAGGCAACUAUAUGGCUAUUACUUCAAAGGACUUAACUUAGAGGAUAGCCCUAAAGAGCCAUGUCUCCAACAGGAAGAAAUCCUUUAUAAUGGGAUUUAUUAUGCACCUGAAUGGGUUGGCUUUGGAGAAGAUGCCUAUGGCCUUAUGAAGGCAAUGGGGUUAAAGGUUUUUACCAACUCUCAUUACCGGAAACCUGUACUGUGCAAGGAUUCCUGGCAUCCUGGCUAUGGUCUCCAAGUUCACUCAGGGAAAGCCAGUCUUCCUCUUACUGUUCCUGAUACCAUUACACAAUGGAAGGCCAAUGGAUUCUGCCUAGAUGAUAAAGCUGGAUUUGGCAUCUCCCCAACCAUCUCCCUGACAGCUUUUCAGCCCUUUUUUGUGGAUCUCACUCUCCCCUAUUCAGUUGUUCGAGGAGAAGCGUUCACUCUGAAAGCCAAUGCCUUCAACUACCUGAAUAGAUGUGUUCAGAUUAGCACCGUACUGCAAGUAUCUAGUGCUUACCAAGCCAGACUUCUCCCAACUGAAGAUGAAAAUGUUUGCACAUGUGGCAAUGAGAGAAAAUCCUAUGCUUGGCUGGUUACUCCCCAAACACUAGGUACUAUCAACCUCACUGUCGUUGCUGAAACCGUGGAGAACAGUGGCUGUGAAAAUGAGUCUCCCAACGCUCUGAACACUGGCUGGAGGGAUACGCUGAUCAAACCAUUGCUGGUAGAGCCAGAAGGUAUUGAAAAGGAGAUGACACAGGGCUCACUUAUUUGCACAAGUGGGUCCACAGUGUCUCAAUCAGUGGUGCUAACAUCACCAGAAAAUCUUGUGAAAGAUUCAUCUAGAGCUUAUUGGUCUGUUCUUGGAGACCUUCUUGGUUCUGCUCUGCAAAACUUACAGAAUCUUCUCCGAAUACCUUUUGGUUGUGGAGAGCAGAAUAUGGCUCUAUUCGCUCCCAAUAUUUACCUCUUGGAUUAUCUGAAUCAGACUCAACAACUGACAGAAGAAAUAAAAUCCAAGGCUAUUGGAUACCUGACCGCGGGAUACCAGAAGCAACUGUCUUAUAAACACUCAGAUGGAUCAUAUAGUACCUUUGGAUAUGAAGAUCAACAAGGAAACACAUGGCUCACUGCAUUUGUUUACAAGUCAUUUGCACAAGCUAAACGCUACAUUUAUAUUGAUGACAAAGUUCAGUCCCAGACCCUUAUUUGGCUUGCAACUAAUCAGAAAUCAGAUGGCUGUUUCUCAAAUUAUGGCAAAGUCUUCAACAAUGCUUUGAAGGUACUGGUGAAAUUCUUCUGUCUUACAAGUUUCUGUUCUUUCAUCAUGAUCAUUCAGUGAAUCCCAAAACAUCACUGCAAAAUUUGGUAGGAAUCAUUGACCUAGGAUUUCUACCAGCAUAAAUUAAUUACCUUGAAAAACCUAUAAAGCAUUUCUUCCUAACAAAUCCAACAUUUUCUUUCCUCCUUUCAGACUAAGGAAACCUUGGUGGCGUAGUGGUUAAGGGCUAUGGCUGCUAACCAAAGGGGCAGCAGUUCAAAUCCACCUAGGUGCUCCUUGAAAACUCUAUGGGGCAGUUCCUCUCUGUCCUACAGGGUCACUAUGAGUCGGAAUGGACUCGACGGCACUGGGUUUGGUUUGUUUUGGUUUUGUCAGACUAAAAACUCUAAAAAUUUAGGUUUUUCUAACAGUAAUUGUGGUGAUGGUGGAGGGAGUGGGAUAGUGGCAGUGGCAGGAUUAUUGGUAAAAGUAUGGGUGGAAUUAAGAAUAUUAACAGAACCAGGAUAAUCACUAGUAUUUUAAUGCUUUAUCAUUUAAGGAAUUCUUUGUUAAAAUACUUUAAUUAUUUGAACUCAAUUUGUUUAGCUUUUACUCAUUAAUAUCCCCAAGGUGUUGAUGAAUGAAUUUGCCUUUUAUUUUUGAGUUUUUCCUAAACUUAUAUUUUCUUCCUAAUUAUUCUGAUAAUAUUUACUGAAACUAGCUUAGAGAGUUUAAUUUAAGGAAUGUAUAAAAAUAUCAUUCAUAUGUCAACAAUUCAGCAAUAACCACCAUGAAUAUUUUGGCAUAUUUUCUUUCCUUCAGUCUUUUUUUUCAAUGAUGUAUAAAUAUGUUUUUCCAUAAUUGGGAUUAUCAUCUCUUACUUUUUAGUCUUCUUGUUUUGAAACCUAACAUUCUAUAUAAUGACUUUGCCAAGUCAUUAAAAUGAUUUAGGAACAUAAAUUUAGUAGCUUUAUAAAACUCUUAACAUAUGGACAAACCAUAACUUAUUACUCUUGUUCAAUAAUGUU